AUGGAAGUUGCACCUGGUCCCACUAAUUUCCCUGUUCCUGAUGUCAGGUUUGAAGAAACCUUCAAUAGAGCCAUAAAUAAGGAAGCUGAGAAACAAAGAGAAUAUAGCUUAAAGAAAAAAGGUUUAACUACAGAUGAGAUUUCGAAGAUUAAGGAAAAUGAAGCCCCUGAGGUUACUACUUAUAUCGUUUGGAAAGUAAUUGUUAGAGACAUGCUAAUAAUGCCAUUUAUUCAAGGUAUUAUGUUUUCAGGCUUGUUGAUCAUAUUAAAACCUUGGUUAAGAAGUGUUGUUGGCAACGGUAGAAGAUUUGGUACAUUCAUAUAUAAUACCGUCUUAGGAAAGAAUCUAACAAAGACUAAAAAGCAAUGA